AUGCCUGAUCCCGCCAAGUCUGCUCCAGCGCCCAAGAAAGGCUCCAAGAAAGCCGUGACCAAGACUCAGAAGAAGGACGGCAAGAAGCGGAGGAAGACCAGGAAGGAAAGCUAUGCCAUCUACGUGUACAAGGUGCUCAAGCAGGUCCACCCUGACACCGGCAUCUCCUCCAAGGCCAUGGGCAUCAUGAACUCCUUUGUGAAUGAUAUCUUCGAGCGCAUCGCAGGGGAAGCCUCCCGCCUGGCUCACUACAACAAGCGCUCCACCAUCACCUCCCGGGAGAUCCAGACCGCCGUGCGCCUGCUGCUGCCUGGAGAGCUGGCCAAGCACGCCGUGUCCGAGGGCACCAAGGCCGUCACCAAGUACACCAGCGCCAAGUAA